ACUCCUCUUGAAGAAUCGGUGAGAUCUUGAUGAAAUCCCCUCCUUUUCUUGUUCAAUAACGAACUUAGGACUUAGAAAUCUCCCCCCUGCGGAAAAUUUCAGAUCUGCUCUGUUUCUCCCCCUUUGUCCGUCCGCGGUUCUGCUGGGUGUGAAUCCUUCGCGAUUUUCGUUUUCAUGAUUUCUUCUCCAGUCUCUGUCGGCCUCCAUACCCGCCAGCUCCGGUUUUGGCUGCUGGGAAAAUUCUGGAAGCAAAAAUCAAGGAGUGACGAGUUAGAAGGUUAGACUUUUUACAUUUUGGAUUUAGUUUAUUUUGAAAUUUGAUCACUAGACUCAUUAUUUUGAGGUUAAGUCAUGUUGGACCUAGAUUUUUGAGAUAUAUUAUCCUUCUGUUGUAAGAUAGAAUUAUCUUGAAAUUUUAUGGUAUCAAAACAGAUUUUGUAGUAUGAAUAAGUUUCGAGCCUUGUGCAUUUGUGGGAUCCUCUCACAAGUGUACGGCAUCUGUUUCGCGCCCGGAUUUAGGUUCU